AUGGCCGGUUUCUCAGACCUUCCGAUUGAGGUUCGCCUUACUAUAUGGCUCCUCAUCAUCCCCGACGACGAGGAAGGGGUCUGUCUCAUUUGGCCCGGCCACAGCCCCGGCAGCGUAGGCGAGGGGCAACCGCCGCUGGCCUACCUCCCCGUGCUGCCGCUCACCGUCGACACGGGCUUCCCGCUGGCAAUGCACAUUUGCCGCGAGUCGCGCGCCGUGGCUCUGAAUCCCAAGGCAGGCGGCGUGCGCCUGCGCGCUUCGCACGUCGCCCGCUGCAUGACACCGUUUCGGUGCUUUCGCCCGGAGCUCGACGUGCUGUAUCUUGACCAAGAGUCCAUCUUUCACCUCGACCUCCUAAGUGAACCGGGGCGCUCGCAUCUGCCCCUCGCGGGGCCGCCGGAGACGCCGGCGCGUUUGUGCUUCGAGGUCUUCAUGGACAUUUUGCGCCGCACGAGGCGGUUCGCGGUUCCCGUUGCGCUCGCGCUCGACGACGUGUUUCUCUUCCUCGUGUCCGACUACCUGCGCUACCACUCCAAGACGCCAGCGCCCGCAAGCUUGUGCAUUGUAUUGCCGUACACCACGCCGUACGUGUGGCGCGACAAUGACAACGAGGGGCCCGGGCUGUUCGUGCCGCCAGGCAAACGAUGCCGGCUCGUCACCGUGCCGCCAGCGGCCCUCCAGGAUGACGCGCUGGUGGUUGUCGCCCAGGGAGGGGGCCUGUGCAGAGUCAUGACCGCGAGGCAGGCCGUGGCAGACGUGUACGGGCUCGUCGUCAAGGAGCGUGAGGAAACAGAGCCGUGGGAGGAGCUGGGGAUGCGCGACGGCCUAGAGCUUCAGGUGCGGGUGUUUGUCGAGCACCAGGGCAACGGCACGUGGUGUGAGGCGUGCAGGGACAGGAUGUACAAGGGCGGAUAUCACUCGUCGUCGAGGAUCGAUGUGCCGCUGAGUCGGCGCCCGAACCCGGAGCUGGUGAGGGUGCAUGAUACUGAUGCGGUUUUCCGUCCGGUUGAUAUUGACUGGAAAAAAAAAAGGAUGCGCCUUGGUAGUCGCACGGCACAGAGACUCCCAGGCAGGGGGGAAAGGGGGUUGCGACGAAUUUGA